AUGUUUGAUGAAAUAUUAUUUCUAAAUGUCCAAAGAUCGAUUGGCAGCGAUACAAGUAAUUGGGAAUUAAAAUAUGUAAAAAUAGAUAGCACAAAAAUAUAUUUUUAUGAUAAUGAAGAUAGUGGAGAACCUACAAACCAAUUUAAUUUAUCUGAUAUUAUAUUGUUAGAAGAAGAUGAUAAUAUUAAUGAUAGCAAUAACAAUUAUAAAAAGAGUCAUAGAAACAAUUCCAAUAAUAUAGAAAGUAUCAAUAAUAAUAAUGAAACUAGUAUCUCAAUAGAUAGUAUUAAUAAUUAUAAUGAAAGAACAAUAGAAUUGGAUUCAAGUAUUAGUUUCACAAAGAAUAACGAAAGUCAAAUUUUAUUAAAAUUUAAAGAAAAACUAGGUAGUUCAAAUGAAUGGAGUAUUGAAAUGCAAUCUGAAGAACAGUUGUCAAAUUGGUUAAAAGCAAUUCAUAAUAAGCAAACCCCUACUCCCUCAAAUACUGCAUACUCGUCAUAUAAGGGAAGUUCUUACUACGAAGAUAGUGAUAGUUGCAGUUGCAGUUUCAGUAGUGUAAAAUUUAAAGCAAUAACAUCCACUGCAUUUGUAGUAUAUACGAUUGUUUUAGCAGUACUAUUUGCUGUGUUGUGGAUAUAUUUUGUUGAACCAAUAAUUGGCGUUGAUGAGAUGAAAACAUCAUGUUUAAUAAAUUCAAAUAGUUGGAGUUGGCGUAGUAAAGGAAUUUAUGUUUUAAAAAUCAGUGUAACCUAUGAAGUUGAAAAUGGAGAAGUGUUAACAAAUACAAUGGAUCAAUUUUGUUAUGGCUCGUUUUGUCCAUUAACCGUUAAUGAUAAAUAUCCAAAGGGGGACAAUAAAACAUGUUAUUAUGACAAGAAUGAUACUUCAUAUGUUUAUUUUUCAAUUGGUCCAAUGGUUAGAUAUAGAUUAUCAGUUACAUUGGGUUUAUGUGGUUCCAUGUUUGGAAUAUGGCUCAUUUGGGUUAUAAUUUAUAAAUAA